GAAGCAUGAAGUGAAGUGACUUUCCAAUUUGCUGAUAAGUCCGAGUUUAAUAAAACAAAAUUUCACAUGAUAAAUAAUAAUAUUUUAAGUGACAAUUACUACCAACAAGACAUACAAUUGUUCCUUCACAAAAGUGACGUUGUUUAAAAAAAACUAAUAAAACUGUUUAAUUAAUUAAUCAUGAGUGAAUUAAGUCAAGAGGAAAUGCGCAGACGACGACUGGCUCGUCUAGCUGGACUUGAAUCCAGUGUAAGCAAUCCAGUUAGUCCACCUGGAUCUAGUGUCAACAAUGUCUCUAAGUCUUCAAAUUCACCUGGUCCAUCAACUUGUCCAGACUUACCAACACCAUCACUCCAACAACAACAAUCACCUACUCAGCCUCAAUUAAAUGAAUCAUCCAAUGAACGAGAAGUUCCAAUGGAUUUUGAAGAAACCAACGAAAAGCAAUCGAAUAAUAUUUCCAUAGACGUUGAUUCUGGAAUCGAAAAUAUGGAAGUCGAGGAACAAGAUCGCAAAGAUCAUACUUCUAGAUCUAGGACCACCAGCUCCAGCGCCGACGUCUCUACAGACCAAAUCCACAGCACAAUCUCCCGUGUCCUUUGCGUCUCCUGGAAGCAACCAACAGAACAAACCAUAUUUCUCCCGGAGCUAUCAGCAAACACUUCAUCACUCAACCGGACAAUGUCUCACACCGACCUAAUAAACGAGUCGCUCAUGGAAGUCCUAAAAAUUUUCACCGACAAUGAAGAUCCCCUGAAAGACAUAACCAGCGACGUCUUAUCUGACGGCGAAGACAGUCCCAAUAGUCAGACAAGUCCCAUGGUCAGUCCAGCCGCCGCCACAUCAUCACUAGCAUCAUCAUCAGCAACCGGACUGCCCAUGAUAUUCACCAGUGAAAGUAAAAACAAACCCCGUAGUUUUUUCUACCUCGUCGACUGCUACAGUCGUGCCGCACUCGAGGAACGGAACAACCCGAAGCGUUCAAGUGUCCCGCCAAUUUCCGAAGUAUUAAUUUCGCUCCGCGCCCAAUGUGUUCAAUACGCGAGUCUCGUUCUGCAGCAAAUAAUCGGAGUACCAGUUGAUAAACUAAUAAACCCAUCCUCAGUAAUCACAAGUCCGCUGCUGUAUCCAGUUCUAGCCCAGACUCUACCACGUGGUUUCCUUCAUGAACUGGUAGCGCGCACUCAUUUAAACCCACAGACAUUCAAUAAAAUAUUUACACCACUGCUCCAAGGUCUGUAUUUGUCAAUGCAACAAGUGAGUCUCAUUGGCAACACCCAUCGUCGUCCCAUUGAAGCGCUAGAAGAACUAAUAGACAUCCGUUGCGGUACCAAUGGCAACAUCCGGCCCAUAUGCCGACUUAUCACCCACCAGAUCCAAUUCCUGCCAGAUUUCAUGACGACUGCAGUAGGCCGCGAGCUAACCCGGACGUCAUUCCUCGGUCCCUUCUUAUCGGUAUCAGUUUUCGCAGAAGACCAACCGAAGGUCGCGGAAAAAUUCUUCAGCGGCAAUCCAACGAAUGACAAGUCAAUAAAUUUGACACUGCAGCAGGAGUUAGAGAGCACGAGAUCGUCAUUGCAUAAAUUAUUUCAUGCUAUUUUAGCAACUAGUACAUGCCGUGAAGCAACGCUGGCUUACUUAGCGACUUUAUUGCGGCACAAUGAAAAACGUGUGCAAAUUCAAACAGAAGAAUUCGCGCUAGCAGGUGAUGGCUUCAUGCUUAAUUUAUUAUCUACAUUACAAAUGCUGUCGGUUAAAAUAAAACUAGAUACCGUCGACCCGCUGUAUCCAUUCCACCCAUCAAGUUUCGUUGAAAUAAAAAAUGACACGCGUCUGAAAUUGUCAUCCCAGGAAGUCGUCGACUGGGUAAAGGAAUUAGAAACAAGCCACAAGUGGACGGAAGCUAAAUUCCCAACUCAGUGCUGGUUCUUGACUCUGCACUGCCACCACAUCGCGCUGAUGCCCGCGCUGCAAAAAUACAGGCGUAAAUUACGCGCGUUGAGAGAGUUGCAGAAAAUGCUGGACGAUUUGCAGGCGACCGAGUCCUCGUGGAAGGACGCGCCCUACGCUGGCCACAAUAAGGAACUCAUCAAACGUUGGAAGCAGCAACUCAAGCGUCUGAGCAAAUCCAAGUCUUGCGCUGAUGCUGGUCUGAUUGAUCCAGUUCUGAUGAGACGUUCCCUGCACUUCUACUGCUCCGUCGCUGAAAUUCUGCUGGGUCUGCUGAAGCAGUCAGAAAAUGGGAACUCAUUGUCCUUGUCACUGCCAUUGCCCCAACAGAUUCCCAAUAAAUUCACGGCAUUGCCUGAGUGGUACGUCGAAGACAUCGCGGAAUUUUUGCUGUUCGCCCUGCAGUUUUGUCCCUCUGUCGUCACUAAUAAUGUCGACAACGCGCUGAUCACUUGGCUGCUCGUGAUCAUUUGCACGCCGCACUGCAUCAGAAACCCGUACCUCAUUGCUAAGAUAAUAGAAGUACUUUUUGUGAUAAACACAAGUGUUCAAGGACGCAAUGACAUCCUGCAUGACCAAGUGAUGUCGCACCCAAUAACCAAAACCCACUUGGCCUCUUAUCUCAUGAAGUUUUACACUGAUGUGGAGACAACGGGAUCCAGCUCGGAGUUCUAUGACAAAUUUUCUAUAAGAUAUCACAUAAGUUUGAUAUUGAAGACGAUGUGGGACAGUCCCGUGCACCGGACAUCGAUAAUAAAUGAGAGCAACAAUGGCAAGCAGUUUGUAAAGUUCAUCAACAUGCUGAUGAACGACACGACGUUUUUGCUGGACGAGAGCUUGGAGUCACUGAAGCGCAUCCAUGAAGUCCAGGAACUGAUGGCUGAUAAACCGAACUGGUCAUCGAUGUCAAAUGAGCAGCAGCAGUCGAGGACAAGACAACUGACUGCUGAUGAACGGCAGGCGAGGUCGUAUCUGACGCUGGCUAAGGAGACGGUUUCGAUGUUUCAUUACUUGACUGUGGAAAUAACGGAGCCGUUUUUGCGGCCGGAACUUGUGGGCAGAUUGAGUGCGAUGCUGAACUUUAAUUUGAAGCAACUCUGCGGCCCUAAAUGCAAAGAUUUGAAAGUUAAAAAGCCGAUCAAGUAUGGGUGGGAACCGCGCACGCUGCUGGGGCAACUGAUUGAUAUUUACUUACAUCUUGACUGUGAUAAUUUUGCUGCUGCUUUAGCCAGCGAUGAGAGAUCGUUUUGCAAAGAAUUGUUUACCGAUGCCGCGAAUCGUUUGGGAAAAGCGAACAUUAAAACUACAACUGAAAUCGAGAGAUUCAUGGCACUGGCAGAACGCGCUGCAGUUAUUGCGCGUGAUAAUCUCGCACGUGAAGAAGACUACGGUGAUGCACCAGACGAGUUCCGUGAUCCACUUAUGGACACGCUGAUGGAAGAUCCUGUUAAAUUACCUUCCGGUAUAAUAAUGGAUAAGGCUGUUAUAAUUAGGCAUUUAUUGAACAGCUCAACAGAUCCAUUUAGCCGGCAGCCACUCAGUGAAGAUAUGCUUAUGCCAGAUCUCGAUUUAAAAAGAAGAAUAACCGCAUGGAAACAACAAAAAAGACCAUCACCAAAUUAUUAAUAAAUAAAAUCCUCAUGUGUGAGCAAAAUUUAAAAAUUAUCUAUACAGUAGAUAAUUAAAGGAUUGAAGAUAAAAAUAUUGAUUAUUAUUAUCUAUAAAUUCAUAUAUCCGUAUAUAAUAAUAAUAAUAACAACAAUAAAAAUUAUAAUUAAUUAAUUAAAAAUAAAUCAAUUAACAAUAAAAUUAUAUGAUUCUGAAUUUAGUAGACAAUUAAAAAUUUUCCGAUUUUUUUUUUUCGAAAUAAAUUACAAAAAAUAAAAAUUAAAAAUAUGCACAUGUAGAAAAUUUAAAAAACUAUAUGUGUAAUUUUUUAAAAUAUUUUUUUUUUUUAAAUUUACCGCUCCCGGAUCGAGUACUAGUUCACUAAUCGGGAGCCAGUGAAUUUAUAAUUUUUAAAAAAAUUAUAAGACGUCGACUAACUUCAGUAUCAAAAUUAUAAAUUAUUGUGCUAAUAUAUCAUCACAGAGCAAUGAUCUCGUAAAUGUGCAACCAUUGCGCUCAAUUAUAAACUAUAAAUUUUUUAUACCACUAUAAAUAAUUCAAUUAAUUAAUUAAUUAAAUAAUAACAAUAAUUAAUUAAAUAAAUAUGUAAUUGACAGACUGCAGCAACCGAACUGCCAAUUUAGAAUUCCACAACAAUACUAAAAAAUUAAUAAUAAUAAUAAUAGUAAAUUUAUUUUAGACUGUAAAUAUAUUUGCGCUUUUCCCGCCUUUUUUUAAAUCAACAAUUGUUAUUUUUUUCUUUUUUUUUUAAUUACCACGUGAUUUAAUUAUUGAAAAUUACCGUAUUAAGAAAAUUCACAUUCAAUUAAAUUUUAAUAUUAAUUUUAAAAAUUAUAGUGUAACUUAAAUUAAUUAAUUAAAAAAAAAUUACAAAAAAAAAAAAAAAAAAUAUGAUGUAAUGAAUAAAUGAAUUAUUUUACUUUAAUUAUAAUUUUAUAUUCGUCUGUAGAAUUUUGUUGUAGUAGUAACUGAUAAAUUAUUCGAUAAUUAAUAAAUUUAAGGAUAAGAGUAAAAUAAUAAUAUAGUUAAUUAAUAAAAAAAACGAGGGAAAAUAAUUAAUACUUUAAAGUUAAAUACUUGAAGUAUUUGCUGGUGCAUUUUACCAUUAAUCUAUCGACAAUUAUUAUAAAAUUUAUUGUUGGUGUCAAUGUAAAUAAAUGAAUAAAAAAAAAAAAAAAAAUUAAACAAAAUUUCAAUAGGAAAAUUAAUGAAUUAAAUGUCGAUUUAUCACAUCACUCAUUAUUCGAUGUCUGUAAUGAUGAACGUAAUUAAGACUAGAGAUAAUUAUAAAAUUUUUAGUGAGUAAUUAGUACUGUAGGUAUGUUAUAUGUUACAUGUUAUAUUAUUUCAUUAAAACGAACGAUAAUUAUUUGGUUCAGUAUCUAAUUAUUUCUGGUAACUUUUUUUUGUAUGUAUAUUUAUUGGUAUAAAGUUAUGACUUACUGCCCGCUUGUAUUUUUUCCAUGCAAAUAAAUAA